GUGCACCAUUGCAUGCAUUGUUUCCAGCGCAGAGAUAGCUAGACGAGAGGAGGGACUCAUCUACAUCGGUCCACGAAACCCUAUCGUAUUUCUGAUAUUGUCCCAUUUCUGUUGGAUCAUUCAGUCCAUUGCAGGGAAGACUAGAUAAAGAGGAGGACAAAAUGGGUACGUUUAUUGGCCAUGCAUUACCGGGAGCAUUUUUCAUCAUCGUUUCCAUCUGGUGGAUAAUCCAGUUUGUGUACACGAAGAUUGUCCUAGACAACGGCCGCCAGCGCCCGCGGUCUCGGCUGAUGUACUGCCUACACCGAUUUCCCAUUGAAGGGUCUUUAAUCGUGUUUGGAGGCGUUGUUGGCUUCAUUGCUGAGAUGAUGUAUCCGGCUCCAAAAUGGACGCUCAUCGACAGUGAGGGUCAUUGGAAGCAUCAAGUAGAAUGGCAACACGUAACCAUGUACACAUACUUUGCACUUUAUGGUGGGAUUAUGGUGAUGGGGAGAAGCUGUGUGCCGUCCGUAGCUGGGAAAUACGAGAAAGCGUUUGGUGCUCUUGCAUUUGCCGUCGAGGGUUUCCUCUUUCAUUUCCAUACCCAUGGCAGGAGCGAUCUUGAUGUUCAGCUACAUACGAUGCUGGUGGUGGCCAUCUUUAUAUGCUUUCUGUCAACAUCAGCAGAGGCGUGGCGGCCGAAGGACACGUUGGUGGAGCUUAUCCGGAUCCUAUUCACGUUGGUGCAAGGCACUUGGUUCUGGCAUGUCGGCAUCGUCCUCUAUAUACCACCCGGUGGAGAGCCUUGGGAUCCAGAAGAUCACCUCAACGUCAUGUUCACCACCGUCAUGUUUACAUGGCACAUUCUUGUCGACAUGCUUGUACUCUUCUUUUUCUACGGCAUCACAAAGCUGGCUUUGAAAAUGUGUGGCUUUUCGUCGGUCCGGUAUUCCCAGAUGAGCAAUGGUCCCGAAGAACAUGAAGUUAAACUCUUGGGAAACAACACAGAAGCAGGAAAUCAUCUUCUCAGAGGAAGUGAAUCUGACUAAUAACGCAUUUAUAGGAAGUUGGAGUUUCAAGUAGCAAUUUAUUUCUGUAUACUGUAUUUAGGUUAGAUCACUUAUAUGUACAUGUAAGUGCUCAGUACUUUCAGCUGUGUCGUGUUUGUAGUUUAAUAGUACUAUUGUGAGGGCUGGAAGGACAUUGAUGUGUAUUCUUAUGCCCUUCUGGCUCAGAUGUCCAGUACUUUUGAAUUUUGAUCUAAUUCUAAUUCAUGUGCAAAUGUUUAUUUCAGAAUUGUAAUGAUAAGUAAAGUACUGAGCUAGAUAUAUUUCAAAGCUCUGCAAUAUUAUGAUUUUAAUGUGGAGGAAGUGAUAGAGCUAUAUGAUUUUAUUCUAAAUUCCGGAGAUAAAACUUUAAUAUAUUGUACUUUGCUGAAUGACAAAAAUUAAGGCUGCAUUUGACUGCAUUGGCCAAGAGGAUUAUUGGUGAGGUCAUUGUAAUUUGUAACAUUAUGUAAAAAUUUUGCACUACAGGUAUCCAUGCAUUAAAGCUUUUUCUUUUUUUUUAUUAGGCAGAUGACUACAAAUGACUUAUGGAAAUGAGGUAUUAGAAAAAAUCAAUCAAUUUUUGUUUCAUCACUUCUUCACGCUCAGAAUAAGCAAUUUAUCAAGUUGACAUUAUAAUGUUCAAUGUGUGGUGUGAAGUUUUGAACAUUUACAAUAAUAUUAUUAUUAUUGUUUACUACCUAAGCUACAUGUAUUACAUGUGCUAGCUUUAUGGAAUUAACAUGACCAUAGUUGCAUAUAAAUUGCACCCUCCCACCCCCCAGAUUAGAAGAACAGUGGUUUUUAAACACAUUUCGCAUGUACAUGUAUAUAGAUAAUGAAAAUAUGGUUUUCAGCUAGAAGAUAGAAUUGCCUGAAUUAAAUCAAGCGGUCUGCCUCACAGGCUCGCAGUGGUAGACUUCCAUCAGAAUUGUGAACAAUGUACAUCAACUUGACCCUAUGGUUGACCUACAUUCAAACUGCCACAUUCAGGGAUAGAGCUACUUUUAGAAUCUCAACAGAAACUUUAAUAAAUGCUCAGUUGCAGAAAAAAAGAAAAACUUUUGCAAAGCCAGUAAUGUAAACAUAAGUUACAAUGUCAUGCUUGUGCCGUUAGAUUAGGAAUUAGCUGAUUUCAGCCUGCUCUCUACAGUCCAAAGGUUGUUUUGCAUUUCAGUACCAGUCACAAUUCUUUAACCCACUAUUACCGUUAAAACCAGAGAACAAUAGAUAGUGAUACUUGUUAAUAUUCAACUAAACAGCAUCUUAUACAUUGUGUGAUGUUGGUACAUUGUAAUUAAUCUGCAGUGAAACAGAUUUUGAAGUGAAUACAUGUACAUGUACAGAUCAGGAAUUACCAGUACAAUGUACUUUGUGUGAGACUUGAAAUGAAAGUUCAAAUUUAGAUAAUGUAGAAGAAUAUAAAAAAAAAAAAGAUUUUGAAAAUGAGCCUGCGAACACUGUAUGUGAUGCUAAAACAUUGACUCUGAUAUUUACAGGUAGAGUAUUAAUGCAUUCCAAUAUGGUCUAUUGCUUGAUUUGAUCCACAUGUAUUCAGUUUAAUUUGGAUUAUUGUGUAUCAAAGGCAUUUUUAUUGGUUGAUCUUUGCCCUUAUUGGAUGCGCUUUUUCAUGAUAAUAUGGCACUAUGUCACAGUGUACAUAAUUUACACUGUAGUACAUUCAGAUAACUUGAGGAUAUCCCAUCAUCUCAAGGGGAUAGCAUUUGAUUCAAUCAUUAUUUUAAUGGAUUCAUUGAUAUCAUUAAUUGCUUCCAAGGGAUUUUUUUUUUCUUUUGCAAUAUACAAUGUAACUUUCAUCCUGUGUUGAAUAAAACUGGACUACUGCAACCAAAAAUUUGUUACAAGAUACACAUUAAAAUUUAUCGAAACAUUUAAAGGGAUACCAAGGGGUGUAGAUCAAGUUGGUGUAGAUAUUUAUAUCUGAAUAAAUAGAGUAAACUCACCAAGCAAAAUGAUGGCAAUUUCAUCAAAAUCGGAUAGCAAAUAACAAAGUUAUUGAAUUUUUAAGAUUUGCAUUAUUCAGGUAAAACAGUUCUAGGCAUAUCUUCAUGAAUAUUCAUUAGGUGGGCUGAUGAUGUCAUAUCCUCACCUGUUCUUUUAUAUUAUAUGCACAUGAUUAUGACUUGCACUAUGUGAUUUAGUGUGUGAAAGUCUUUCACAGAUGAACUUAUAUGGUCCAUGGCAUGACCUCUGUCAGUGUCAAGUGUUUCAUUAGGAUUUAAUUACUUGUCAAUCAUUUUGAGUGUUAUAACAGAUAAUAUCUUAUGUCUGCUGGUAGUUUUAUGGAGUAAACCAUUUAGUACAUACAAGCUACACGCUGUACAUUCAUGUGAGAAUCUCAGCAUGAUCAGAAUAUGAGGCAGCGUGUCCCGGGGGGUCAGUCAAAUAUAUUGCUGUACACAUGCGUGACCAAAAAGACGCGUUUAAAAGGUUUUUUUUUUUUUCAGUUUUGGACGCGGGCCACGCGUGCACUUGUUUGUAAGGGUAUCAAAAAUACAGAUUUUCAAACUAAGGGGUGGUUUUGAAAGACUGGUCAAUGGUCAAUCGCAGGGUCAAACGUACAUGUAUUUAGGGUAUGUUUUUUUUUCCAAAGCUUUUUUCCCUGGGGCUUUUUCCUUGUUUCUGAAAAGUGUUUGGGUUCUUCCCGAUCGUUAGCAACGACCCUGGGAAACGGGGGAAACUUGUUUAGGGGUCAUAAUUAUUCCCAUAUUCUGGCGACAACUUGUUUAGGGGUCAAAAUGUGUAAAUGAAACCCGCCAAAAAUUUGUUUAGGGGGUUAUUUUGCGUACAGAGAAAAACUUGUUUAGGGGGUGUUUGAAAAUAAUUUGGUCAUGUGUGUGUACAGCAAUAUAUUUGAUAUAAUACUCUGUGGAUAAAAAAACACAUGUACAGUACAUGUAUAUGGGUUUAUGGAGCUAUGGGAGUAUUAUUUUGUUUCAUUUGUGUGUACAACACUCACAUCUUUUAUUUUGAAUCCAGUACUGCAAACACAAGGUUGGAAAAUGGUAUUACUACAGUACCAGGAGAAGUUGCGAAAUGAUUGGGAAAAAAUUAUGUGAAGUGCCCUUAUUAUUUAAUAACUUGGUUAUUUGAUAUAUGAAAUUCAUGUACAUGAAGCUGUUUGCCUUGUUAAACACUGUGUUGGUAAACUUUCUGCUUUGAUGACAGCGCCCAACAAAUAAACACCCAAAUGUACAUGUACCGCACAUGAAACCAAUUAUAAUCAAGGGUGCACAUUUUUUAUGGUGAUGAAUGCAUUUUAGUAGUUGCAAAGUAAGUUUGAAGUUGGUUCUUGCUUCAAUGAGGGAAUUUUAGCUACAUGAAUUCACUAUUGAAAGCAUGCAUAAUAUUUUCUCCUAUCAACUUGCUGUUUAUGGAGUUGGGCUUGACCAUUCAAUUUCUCAUCUCUUUGGUAGCACCCAUUCAUUAUGUGCAUGGGGACAUGCAAUCAUGCAUAACCUUUAAAGGUCAAGUCCACCCCAGAAAAAUGUUGAUUUGAAUAAAAAGAGAAAAAUCAAACUAGCACAACACUGAAAAUUUCAUCAAAAUCUGAUGUAAAAUAAAAAAGUUAUGACAUUUUAAAGAUUCGAUUAUUUUUCACAAAACAGUGAUAUGCACAACUGAGUGACAUGCAAAUGAGAUAGUCGAUGAUGUCCCUCACUAUUUCUUUUGUUUUUUAUUGUUUGAAUUAUACAAUAUUUCAUUUUUUGCAAAUUUGACAAUAAGGACCAACUUGACUGAACCAUAUAGUAUUAAAACAUGCUAAUUCCACAUGGUCAGGGAGGAAUUAAUUGUUGUUUCACUUGGCAAUGAGGAGAAAAUCAGAAUAUUUCAUAUUAAUAAGAUACAAAAGAAAUAGUGAGUGGAUGACGUCAUCAGUCUCCUCAUUUGCAUACAGACCAGGAUGUGCAUAUAACUGUUUUGUGAAAUUAAGCGAAACUUUAAAAUGUCAUAACUUUCUUAUUUUACAUCCGAUUUUGAUGAAAUUUUCAGCGUUCUGCUAGUUUGAUUUUUCUCUAUUUAUUCAAAUCAACAUUUUUCUGGGGUGGACUUGACCUUUAAAGAGAUAUUGGCAUUGAUGCUCAGACAAAAAGAAAUUUAGGUUGAAUAGUUGUUGUUUGAGCUUGGAUCUGCAUGGAUCAGGAUAAUUUCUUCUAUGUACAUGUAUAAAUGAACCACCCAGUACAAAGUGUAUUGACAUAUUCUAUACAUGUACAUGUAGGCCUCCAUGUGCUUGUAGUCUUCUGAUUAUUAUAGAAUGUGACUGUGUGUUGGCCUUUAGUGGAUGCUUUUCACCUCAAUGCAUUUUUACAGUAUGUACAUGUACAGCAUUUUACAAUCGGUUAUAAAAAGGAGCUUCAAACAGUUGAAGCUCCUUGAUUGUACAGUGUUUGUGCUGCUGUGCAUGUACAUUGAUUUUAUAACAUCUUUAUCUUAUCUGGGUAGUGUUGUUUGUGCACUGUGAUCUAGAAAGACAUUAACUUGCAAUUUGCUUGCAUUCGGAAUUAAGGAUGCAUCUUGUGCAGUCUCAAUGUUUAUAUCUUAUCACCUUCUAUAUCUCCUUACAUUCUUUUUCAAUCUACUCGGGGAUAAUUAUGUCAUUACUCAGGCCUGCAUUAAACCUACUGCAAACAGAGUCUUAAGCUCUAUUGUUGCAAUGACUAUGUUGGCUCAAUAAAGAGGCCAUCCAGCUUUACAUGUGGGCCUAUACUGUACAUGUACAUAUGUAGAUCUAUAUCAUAUAUAAAGAUGUACUGGUUAAGUACAGUCUGGAGGUUCUAUUUUAACCAUGGAAAUGUUAUUCCUUGGUUUUCCGUGGUACAAUUUGAGUGGAUGCCAUGAUGUAGACACAAAGAGAGUUUGUAUUUUAACUCCAUGUACCAUCUGGUGUUUGUAAUCUCUUUCUCAUAGAUAAUGCAAACAAGCCAUAUGCAAAUAUGGUUUCAAAAGUAAAUAUCCAAGCAAAUCCAAUCCAAGAAUUUAAAGAGCCAUUGUUUCAUUAGUGAUACCUAUUCAAAGCCACUGAUAGGAUUGACUGAAUUUUACACCACAAAAUGCCUGGUGUAUAAAACAUUGACUCUUUGUAAAGAAAUCUGAAAAAGGUAUGUAAAUUUGAGUUCACUUUGGACAGUGGGUUGUGUCCAAGGAACUAUUACCCCAUCACAAAUUUACCAUCAAAUUGUCCAGAUUGGAUGCAGUUCAAAAUAUUGUGGCUCUGCAAUAUGUUUUACGAAUGCAGCAAGGAAUUGUGUAGCUUAUCAUCUUGGUAAAUAAGAGCAGUGCCUGUGUGUGGGAAACGACCUUCGACCGCAAAAUAAGCCAUAUUAUUUGAGAACAUCGUUCAUGGUUUUCUUUUAAAAAUGAGAUUGGAUGAAUUUUCCUAAAAGGAGGGCUUAUUUUGGCUUUUUCUGGGACUGGACUCUUCAUCAUGUUCAUUAAUUGGAACAAGAUGUAUCAAAGGCAGCAUAUGAUACACCUUGAAUCAUGACUCCACUGUACUAUUACAGCAUUCAACUCACUGUGUGCUAAAUUAUAUGAAAAUUGUCUGAAAAGGGUGUGUAUUUUUGAGCCUGCUUUUACAUGUACAUGUACAUAUUAUUCACCAUCAUACGGUAAAUAAUGCUGGAUACUGUGGCCUUCUCCAGUUGAGAAGUUUUAAUGUACUUAAAGCAUAGACAGUUUGUAUUAGUAUGGAAUUGCACACAUCCUAUGAGAUUGAUCUCACUAUAAAGCAAAACGACCAUUGUGUAGCCUACCGUUCUAGUGGCAUUUCAGAGCCAAUCCUUUUUAUUAAAUUAUAGACAUUUUAUUCCAACUAACAAAAACACAUUAAUAUAGUUCAUGACGAAAAAAGGUUUGUGCUUUUGGAAAUCAUGCACAUUUGCACAAGAUUUAAUACAUAACUGAACAUACAUAUACAAGACCUAAGAAGGUUAAAGAAAGUUUUCUUUUCAUGCAAGCCAAAGUUCAUUCCUGCAGGGUGUCCUGUUAAGAUAAAUGAGUGAAAUACUUUCACAUUUGAUUAUGGGUGAAAAAUAUGCCUGAUAAAAUAUUAAUGAAAUGCUCGGUUGUCACGAAACUUGGUUCAGUGUUGAAAUAAUAAUGAUUAUAACAGUAUGCCACUAAUAGUAAUAUAGUGUUUGUCACAACAGAACAACACCUCUAUAGCACUUAAAAUAAUUGAUUUAUUUCUGUCUAGGUUCUGCAUGCAAUGGCCCAUGUACUGUACAUAGAUCAUAAAAUGAAGUGUGAUUUGUUAUACUUUAAUACAGUUGGGCUUUGAUGGAUCAUAUUUAUUUUGUGCAAUGUAUACAUGUAUGUGUUUCUUUCAAUAAUACAUGUACAUAAACCUUUGAAUUCACUGUGUUACAAUGUAUUAAAUGUGGGAUGAUUGCAAGAACACAGGGCAAAUCAUCAAUGACACAAAGAAAAAAACAUCUCAGUUAAAAAAAAUAUGUUAUCUUGCAUAUGCAAAAGAAAAAAAAAUAUCAUGUAAGAGUAAAUAUCAAAACUCAAAACUUUUUUCUUUGUUGGUUGAUGACCGUAUGCAAUUACAUGUAUAUGUUUGAUAUUUUGAUGGAUAAAAUAAUGUAUUGCAGCACUGUACUUAAAAGUAAAUGUGAAUGAUUUAGCAAAUUGUCAUUGAUUGAAGGUUGAUGAAUUGAUUUUAACAUUGUUUUAUACAUACAUGAGCAUGUAUGUAUUUUUGUGAAUUCAUUUCUUUCCAUUCUUUUAAAACACUUGUGUAUUCAAGAAUAAUCACACAUAUGCAAUGAAUUUUGUUGAACUAUGAUUUGUAUGAAAAUUGUGUAAUUUGAUAUAUUAUCAGUUGCGAUAUCAGGCGAGACUCGUAGUUCAUGAACCAAUGUUCAUUUUGGAAAAAAAAAAAAAGUAUACAAUGGAAGAAAUGUGCAGCCCUACAUGUAUCUCUAUUUACUUUGUAUAUACUUGUAGCAUUCCUUUAUAGAGUACUUUUACUUAAUUUUGUGAAGUCAUAGACUAACAGACCCACUCUUUACUGACCGAUGAUGUGUUGUUCGGAAUAAUUUAGCUUUGAUCUUGGUAUGUGGUUUAUGUGUCAUUCUAAACAGGGAUGCUGGAAUUGGAUUACAAUAUAACAGUAAAAUUGGCAUUGAUUUCAUGUUUGAUAUUAUGUUAGGAUGUUGUACAUGUACAUUCAUUUUUAGUGUACAUGUACAUGUAUUAUUGCUACCAUGGACCUACAUGUACACUGUUUUUGUUAAGCAAAGAGUGUUACUUUAAAAAAAGGGGUGCUUGUUUGAUUUUAGACUCUCCGUCUAAUUACAUGUAGUGUUGAGUUGCCAAAUCAAUGAAUAUGAUUAUAAGCAUUUUCCCCUUUAAUGGUAAUUGUACAUGUACAAGUGAAAGAAAAAUGCAAAUAAAACAGUUUCAGUAUUUUUAGCUCAUUUUACCUCAAAACUGAUUAUUCACAAUUCAUAUGAGUGCAUACCAAAGUCAGAUCAUAAUAUAGAAGUAUUGCAAGUGUAUGAAUUCAGAGCACUUUAUUUGUAAUUAUGCAGAAAAUAUUCUCUAAAAAUAAUGAAGAUCUAUAUUGGAGCUCUAUAGAAUUUUAAUGUACUAGAUUCAGAUUGGAUUGUUUGUAUAUAUGUGUACCUUAUGUAUUGUUAUUCAUGGAAAAGAAUUUCCUUUUUCUUAAUUGUGACUUCCUCUAUAUUUAUUGUCAAACAUAAAAGUUAUAUUUUGAUUGUGAUACAUAUUACAUUCUCUCACAUGCUUGACUGUGAGUUAUGUGAUUAUGUUUUUUGUGUUCAUGUAAAAAAAUAGGGGAUAGUUGACAAGUAAUUGAAGUUCAAGAUUGAUUUUAGUUUGUCUUCAAUUAUCUGUAUGGCAGGCCAUCAAAGCCAUUAAUCGCUCAUGUCAGUAGUACAUUUAUUUGUCUCUCAACGGGAUAUGUGAAGUGAAUUGUACACUCUAGUUGCUUUAAAGACAAAUUUCACUCAAAAUUGAUGUUACAAAAGCAUGGAGUUGAUUCAAACUACAUGUAAAACAAAGUGAGUAAUUUUUUAGUUGAUUUGAAUUUUUUUGAAUUUGCUUUCAGAUCAUGCUUUGCCUUUAAAAAGAAAAAUGAAUCUCUUAAAUAGCCAACAUGGUUGGCUAUUUAUAACUUGCUCUUUCUGAUUUACGUUUGACUUUGUGAAAUUUGACUCCAAUCUGAGUCCACUUUUUCUCCAUGACUAUGUUUACAGAAUUAUUUGAGUGAAAAUUCUUUAAAUAGCAAAGAAAGAAAAGAUUAUCGGGUUCUACCCAAGACAUUAAUAUAUUGAAUUUAAACAAUUAUGAACUUCAUAAUGUCCAUUACAGAUGCAAAAUAGAAAGCAAAAAUCCCAAGAUUGAUGUAAUGAUUGUUUACUAAUUACUAUGUAAAAUGUACAUGUAUUGUGUCAGAAUUGAAUUUGUUUUCUUCCAUAAAUUGGGCUGCGAAAACGACAGUAUUUCAGAGUUUGUUAAUGAUUUUGUCUCUUGACAGGCCAGUUUUACAAGAUGAUUAGAUCAGUCACUGAUGUUGAUAGCUUGCAUUAUGUUUAAGUUUAACUGGAUAGUUAAUAUUGAGUUUCUUUCUUUUUAUCAUAGAAUCCUAAAUAUAUGCUGGGUAGUGUGGGUAAAGUGUGUUUGAUUUUUAAAUGUUUGUGUUAUGAAAUUUAUUUCCUUCCACUUUUUAGGAACUAAUUUAUGUUUUGGCUUUGAGGUAUUUUUUUUUUUAACAAUUCGGAUAUGAACUAUAAAUGUUUAUUUAAUUGUUAUCAUAAUUUUGUUUUAUACAUGAAAUAAUGAAAUUAAAUAUGUGUUUUCUUUCACUGUUAGGCCUGUAUAUGACACAGCAAGAGUGUGAAACAGUGCAUUUCGCACUCUUUGUAUUACAAUUUUAUUAUUAUUUUUUUUUUUUAUAAUUCUGUUUUUAUUAUACAAAUUGAAAUAAAUCACAAAAUUUACAAAUGAUUAAUAGGUGAUUGCAAAUCACAUAAACACAAUUUAGUUACACAAAAAAAUAACAACCAUAAUAAUAAUACAAAAAAAAACCUACCCACUUAUCCUCCCCCACCCCCCCCCCAAAAAAAAAGGAAUGUGGCAAUGUGUUUGGUAAAUAAAGUAGACAAAGCAAAAUAUACAAGCUAUGAUUAUGAAGUGGUUUCCAAACAACUAUUCAUAGGAUUAAAAAGCACAACUGGUUAUCCAAAUAUUACAAUUUUAUUAUUUUAGGAGCCAUGUCAUGAUCUUUUGAGAACAAAGGACAUAUUGUUUUUUUUUCAAGGUUUUUAUUAGAACUAUGUAAUGAUACAUUUACUUUCCCCCGUGAUGGAAAUUAAUGUCUUUAUGAUUGAACCACAUAGCAACUUAAGGUGUUGGAUCUGAUUAUGUUUUCCAUUUUCCCAUUGAUAAAGUCUAGGGAGUAGAAUGAAGCAUGAUAAUUUUUACUCUAUAUUCAUCUCUGCAUCAGCAUGUUCAGUGACUCAGUCUGAUGAAGAAAAAAAUUGUAAAGUCUGGUUUACACAAAAUUGUAUGCAUUCAGGCAGUGAUUUAAAAUCAGAUUGGUUCCAUUUUUAUUGAUAUGGAAAUCAUAAUGAUUAUGAUUAAUUAACUGUAAAUUGUGAUUGCUUUGAUUAAGUACUUUUAUUUAAAUAUUAACCAGUCUAUGGCCCUUCAACACACAAAGAAUAUACAAUUGAUUUUGAAAUUAAUUUUAAUGCAAGUUUAUGAUGAAGCACAUACAAAAGCUUGCAAUUUAUGGUCAAUAUUGACUUAUCUUUCUGUAAUACAGAUGACAUGACCAACUUAGUGACGAAUCAGAAUGUUUAAAUUUCAUCAACAUGUGAAAAGAAAAGUCCAUUACAUUGUCAACUGAAUAAACUUGAACAAUCAAUUUCAUUUGCAAAGCAUAA